AUGUCUGCAGAUUACUCAGGAGAGGUGGAGAGUCUUGCAUGUAAUACCUACUCCAGAGAUGCUUUGUUGGAGCAGGGGACCAUCCCCCUGGAUAUUGACAAUGUUCACAUGCUGCUGCAGGUGGAACAAGAACAGAUUCAGAAGAGGACCUUCACCAACUGGGUCAAUGCUCAGCUGGCAAAGAGGAGGCCACCGUGCAUGGUUGUAGAUCUGUUCAAUGAUUUCCGUGAUGGCUCCAAACUGCUGGACCUGCUGGAGGUGAUGAGUGGCUUGCACAUCAGUCGGGAGAGAGGCAGGGGAAUGUUUCAGCACAGGAGCAACAUCGAGAAGGCUCUCUCCUUUCUUAAGAAGAAAUCGAUAAAGCUAGUUAACAUACACAUUCCUGACAUUAUUGAUGGAAAACCAUCCAUCAUCCUGGGCCUUAUAUGGACUAUCAUUCUUCAGUAUCAUAUCGAAGAGCUGGCGAGCUCUCUCACCUUUGACUCCCGUCAGUCCUCUAUGGAGUCUUUGGCCAGUCUUGACACCUUCUCAAGCCACUCGACUAGCAGCAGUCCAGUUCCUCCCAGAAGCUCACCACUACAUCAUCGUUUUAGAGUCUCUGCCAAGAAAGCACUGUUGCUGUGGGUCCGGGAGCAGUGCCACAAAGCUGGCUGCUCAGUAAACGUAAAAGACUUCAAGGCUAGCUGGAGGAGUGGAGUGGUUUUCCUGGCUAUCCUGUAUGCUCUGCGGCCUGACCUGGUGGACCUGUCCAAGGCCAGAACGAGAAGCAACAGACAGAACCUGGAGGAAGCCUUCCGUAUCGCAGAGAAAGAGCUCAGGAUCCCCCGACUGCUGGAGGCUGAUGAUGUGGACGUUCGGGACCCCGAUGAGAAGUCCAUCAUGACUUAUGUGGCUCAGUUCCUUCAGUACUCCAAGGACCUGCCAGUGCCAGAAGAAGAAAUGCAGACACAAUAUUUGACUCCUUCUAAAAGUCCUUCUCCUAUCAACCUACCUAUCCACUACACCCCUGCUAUUUCUGCUUCACCUCUCCGCCAGGUGACACCUGACCGUAAGGCACAGGAAAUGACAUGCUGGCUGGUUCAGGCCUAUGAUGAGCUGCUGGAGGGAUGGGACUCCACAGAAGGAGAAAGCUACCCAGAAAGAUAUAAUGUAUUUCAGACCUUUCUGGUGUCCUUUAAUGAGCAACGACGGCCCAUCAUGCCUUUGUUGACGGCCAUGAGACGAACCCCAAAACUGAGCGAUGAGCAACGGACUCUCAGAGAGGCGUGGGAUGCUCUCACAGAAAAGCUCCGUGAGUACAAAGUCGCUUUAGAUAUGAGUCUUCCAGCCCCCUUGGACACAGUCGCCCGCUGGCUUUUGAGAACAGAGGAGGCUUUGGCUGAGGAAGAUGGCAACCCUCAAGACCACGGCCGUGCUGCUGAUGAAGCGAGGGAGAAACACGAACUGCUCAAAGCUUGCCUGGAGGAGAUGCCACAUCUAACUGGGGAGGGUCUCCUAAACUCUACUCCUAAGUUCAUGACACAAUCAGGCCUUUAUUACAUUGAGGGCAGUGAACUCGUAUACACACAAGAGCUGCCUUCCAUGUUGGAAACAGCUAUUCGUAAGCUGAAGCAGAUUUCUGAGAAAUAUUCAAACAAAUCUGCCCUUGCUUCAGAUUAUCAGCAUGUCAGUCAGCAGGUGAAGCAGCUGGAGGAGGACACUGCUGUCGUUUUAGAGGACGUGACCACAGUGAAAAGCACAAUGGGACGGGUUCUGUCUGCCUGGGACUCGUACAGCGACUCCCUUAGUUCCCUGCAGGCUUGGCUUGAACAGUGCUCUGCAACGCACAGCCACAGACCUGAGCUGACCUCCGCAUCCAUGGCUGAGUGGGGAUCUCGUCAGGCCCACCUGAAUGAGGUGGGGAACUUCCUGAUUGAGUCAACAGAUCCUCAGACCAGCAGGAGCCUGGCAGAGGAGCUUCGAAAAGUCAACAUGCAGUGGGCUGAGUUUGUCAAGAAAAACACUUUGGAAAACAUUGGUGAGCCAAUGGAAGUUACCCAUGUAAACCCAGAGGAAAUCAGAGCUUUGAUCAGAGAGGGCACACUGAUUCUCAAAGAGCCUCUGGAUGUUAUGGCGGGUCCUUUACGCACCUACAGGAAAAGAUUACAGUUUAUAAUGAGGAAGAUUAAAGACGUGGAUCUGGAUGCUUUGGCUUCUGUCCCAGAAUGCCCAGCAGAUCAGUUACAGAAACUGAAGCUUGCAGUACCAGAAGUUAUGCAGACAUUAUCUGAGGCAGAAAAGGUUUGUGUAGAGCUGCAACAUAGUGUGUCUGGGCUGGACAGUCGAUUGGCUGAACUUCUACAUUGGGAGACUGAAGCCAGGGAGCUCUACCACCAGCUGAGGGCCACCGAUCAGCAACAAAAACAGGUCCAGACCUCACAAGCCAGGGUCACUAUUUCCCGUGGUCUACAGCUCGAAGGUCAGGUAGUCACAGAGGAGCAAGACCUGCAGGUGAUCGUAUCGACAAAUCAGAAGAGCUCUCCCCUCCACUACCUCCAUGCCUCUGCUAUGCAGGAUCGAGUGCGAGCUGCUGUUGCUCAGUCACAGGAAGCAGUUGGUAUGCUAAGCAGCCUGGGUGCCAGACGAGACAGAAGCAGAAGUCCUCCAGCAGGACCUCCUUCAAAAGUCUUUAUUCAAGAUAAAGCAGUGCCUCAACAUUUGAAACAGUCAGACAUCAAGCAUACAAAAACCUUUGUGCCAAAGAUAGUGGUACAAGAUUACAAAGAAGAAAAGACGACUUCUCCUCCAAUGCCAUACACCUACGCAGAAGCUGUGAAGCAGACCAGAAGAAAGUCGCCACCAGAAAGUCAGUUUCAAGAUUGGCCAAUGGCCACUGCACAAAAGACAACAGAGACUCCAGAUCAAGGGCCGCAGCAAGACCUACUCCAAGAGGGACUGAGAAAACAGGUGGAAAUUAAACUGGGACAGAAAGAACAGGAAGAAAUAAAGGAGGAGUAUCUUCUACAAGAAGUUCAGCAGCAAGAGUUGUUCCCAGUGCAACCACAACCAAGUCAGCCCAAGCAGGAGCAACAACAGGUACAACAGCAACAAGUUCAACAGCAUGUGGUAAUUAAUAUACAAGUUGAACAACAAGUUAAACAAAGACCAGAAUCCAAAGACCAG